CACCUCUACUUUUUCUGAGUCUGUUUUGUAGUUGUAGAAGUGUAUCGUCGCUUCUUCUUUUUUUCUUUUUUUUUUAAAAAACUUUUGUUGUUAGUUGAAUAAAGUAAAAAAGAAAGAAAAAUGGUGUAUCCGUCUUCUUCAUUAGUGCAUAAUGCAUCAGACGAGUCUUCGCCGGAGAAGCAGAAAAGUGCGGUGGUUGAGAAGCAGCAGCAGCAGCAGCAGCUAGCACUAGUGUCCAAAUGUCUAUUGCUUUCUUCUUCUUCUUCGUUUUAUUGCCCAUUUAAUAUUCAUCAAACACCAUUAGUGAUCUCCACAAAACCCCCAAACUCCAAACCCAACUUCCAAGUCCAAGUCCAAGUAGCAGCAGCAGCACGCUUCGUUCGUGACCUCCACAACUCAAUUGUCUCCACUGCUGAUGGAUGUCUCAGAUUCUUACACUCAUUCGCUUCCCACUCUCCUCCGCUUCUUACCAAACUCUUCUCUUUACCUUCUCAUGUUCACAAUUUUUCCCAGAUCCAUUUGAGAAACUACAGGGAUUUGAACUCUCUGUCCAAUCACAAUUUUGCUGCCAUUUUACCUGGUGAUUCAGUGGCAGGUGUUGUGGUGGCCAAUGGGAUUCUCAACUUCUUGAACAUCUACAACACACUGUUAAUUGUCAGGCUUGUUUUAACCUGGUUCCCUAAUUCUCCUCCAGCCAUUGUUAGCCCCCUGAGCACUUUGUGUGAUCCAUACUUGAACAUAUUCCGUGGCAUUAUCCCACCUCUUGGAGGGACUUUGGAUCUUUCUCCCAUACUGGCAUUCCUUGUUCUAAAUGCCUUCACAAGGUUGGCUGAGUGGUAA